GCUUUACUUGCCUCAUCCAUCCAGAGCUCAGCCUCGAUUAACUAAAAAGCUGAGCGGAACGGCACGGCACGGCACGGGCAUCUCUCCCAUCCCUGAAAACACAAAUACAAGCUGCCAACCCCAAGCCAAGGCGAGUAAAGCCGCCGUGUGAUCAACACCUGCGAGGGGAAGCUAAGGAACCCCAACCAGACUCACCAAACAGCCGCCCACACCCAAGUCCCUUCCAACUCGAAACAGUACAAAUGGGUCACGAUAUACAGUGAAAGUUCAGUUCUCUUGAUGCACACCAUAUUCUCAUACGAGUGAGUCACCUCCACUUUGGUAACCCCUUUGUUCUCAGCUCAAUCUCCCGCCAAAAUUCUCAAAAUCCCCCAGCUUCCAUCCCUUUCUUCACCUGCAAAUGUCCAAGUCGAACACAUCUUCUUCGUGGAUCGCCCAAUUCAAACCGGGCGAUCGGGUCGAGGUCAGCUCCGACGACCCCGGGUUCCGCGGCUCCUGGUUCGCCGGCACCGUCAUCCGCCGCGAGGCCAAGAACCCUAAUCGCUACGUAGUCGAGUACGACCAGCUCUACGAGGAUGAAUCUGGGGAGAAGCUGCUGCAAGAAACCCUCGAUUGGAUCCAAUUGCGUCCGCCACCGCCGCCUCCCGAGAAGAAGAAGAAGGUCCAGUUCAAGUUCGGCGACGAAGUGGAGGCCUUCCACAGCGACGGCUGGUGGGAAGGGGCUAUUACUGCCGAGCACUCCGGCGGGAAAUUCGCGGUGUUCUUCAGAGGCUCAAAGGAGCAGAUUGUGUUUGAAGAGAAAGAUUUGAGGUUGCGGAGGGAGUGGGUUAAAGGGAAGUGGGAGCCGCCAUUCGAGCAGGUUCAGCGGGAGAAAGAGAGGUCGCUAGAGAAAACUGAAACUAGGCCAAGCAAAGUAGCAAAACGUGAGAGUUCUUCUGUUAGCGAUGCAAAGACACCAGAGAAUAACUCGACGAAUGUCGGAAAAGGGAAGAAGUUGUCUGAGCCAAAGGCAGACUCAAAUUGUCCCAAGGAAGUGAUGAAGUUCACUCAAGGAAUGCAAGUCGAGGUGACAACUGACGACGACGGUUUCAAAGGCGCUUGGUUUGCUGCAACAAUUAUUGAACCUUCGGGUGAAGACGAGUACCUUAUUGAGUACAAAACCCUGACGAAUGAUGAUGAUACUGAGUUUCUCAGAGAAGACAUUCGUGCUUGCAACAUAAGGCCUUGUCCGCCGGAGACCAUUGUUGUGGAUGGAUUCAAGGUGAUGGAUGAAGUGGAUGCUUACUACAACGAGGGCUGGUGGGUUGGCGUGAUUGCAAAGGUUUUGAUCAACUGCAAGUACGUGGUUUACUUUAAAGAGACUGAUGAGAAGAUAACGUUCAAGCAGGCUGAUUUGAGGCCACAUCAGGACUGGUUGAACGGCAAAUGGGUUGUUCCUUCAGAGGUCUGAAUUUUUAUGCUCUCAAGUCUUAACACACUACUAGCUUUUCUAGUAAAUGAUUUAGUUGUACGGGCCUGCACUCAAUGCAUCUCUUUCUAUUAUGUUUCUUUUCUAUGGGAUUAUGUUGGAAAAAUAUUUAUCUUUUGAUGUUGAAUGCUCC